AUGGACGCGGCCUCAAAGAAAAGUCUAGUUGAUCGCGCAUGGGGCCUAAGUCUUGACGACCGCAUGGACAAAACGCUGACGGCUUACUUUGAGUACUGUCUGAGUCAAUUGGGAGGGAAAAGCACCCAGGCCCUCUUUUUCAUCUCUUUAUUGAAGAAAAAUAUGGGAGUACCAAAGAAGGACCUGAAAGCCGCGGUCGAAGAGGUCCAACAAGGCCGGCUUGUUGGGAGCGCACAUACUACGGUAUCAGAGACAAUCGACAUGCCCAAGCUGGAAGAUACUAUCAGAGUCGCAUUGUCAGAUCCGAGCUUCAAGAUCAAUUCAGCCUUAUCUCAGGCAGUCAGACUCGUAUGGGCUACCCACUUGACAAUGAGUCAAAACGAGAUAGUUAGCCACUCUGUGAAAGUACAUUGGGACGAUUCUGCAACAUUACACGAUGUUCUGAAGAACGCCUUCCCAGAAUCACCAUCCCCGUCGUCCAUCGCAAACUUUGCGCCAACUCCAAUCAAGAGAAGCAAGCUAUGUGCAAGGUAUCUACUGAAUCACGCAGACAUCGAGUUGGAGUGGACAAGGCAUCUUCCAGAUCACCUCGAUCUGGAUCGUGAUGGGAAGAAAUUACGCAUUUUCGAGCUAGUCUCCAUGCUGGAAAUUACCAAGAAGAGCCAGGGUGCUACAGAAGUUGACCUUGCACGAUCAUUGGAGCGGGGCUGCUUUCAAGAGGAUUUCAUAGUAGAGACGCUCAUGACCAUCACUCUCCUCUUCCCACCGAGGGAUCGCGCGUGGCUCGACUCAAUCAUCCGCCCGCGGAGAAAGUGGAUGGUAUGGCGGAAGCAAACCCCUGCACGGGACGAGAGGCUGUCUGCUCCCUUUGACUUACAAAUCAAGGGCAUACAAAAAUUUGAGAAGUUUCGAAGAUCCAUUCUCAACACCGCAGAUCUUUUUGAUAUCUACCCUCACUGGGCUUCUCGCCUCCAGCUUAUUUAUGAGGAAGCGGAAGAUCCUACACCGAGCUCAACAGUGGCUUUCGCCCUUGCCAUACUGUUCGGUCUUGCUGCGACUAUCCUGGGGGCUCUGCAGCUAUGGGUGUCAUACUGUCAAUGGCAGGUGCCCGAUGGCGGCCAUGGUUGCGGUUCGAAACGUGGGAAAUGA